AUGGAAGAACAAAUGAUUGACAAAUCCUACUUUACAUCGUUAUAUAAACAAAUUAGACUACAAGAGUUCUUGGAGGUUGCUCAUACUAUUCUACUUGAUCGUUUGGAGAAUGGCUAUGGCAAGACUGUAAAAGGUGUAGCGUUGGGAUGUUUGCCCGUCGAGCUCUUUAGAGAUCACUUUCAAUUCUACCGUGAUACUCGUGUAGAGUGUGAUUUCAAGAUGUCCUCAGUCCCAGCUGCUGGAGGUCAACAAGCUGUAGCUGCUCAACAACAACAACAAGCUGCUGCCGCUGCUGUAGCUGCUCAACAACAGCAACAAGUUCAACAACAACAACAACAAGUUCAACAAUUACAAUUGCAACAACAAAUACCUCAACAAAUCCAACAACAACAACAAUUACCUCAACAACAAGUUCAACAAGUUCAACAAGUUCAACAAGUUCAACAAGUUCAACAACAACAACAAUUACCUCAACAACAGAUUCAACAACAACAACAACAAAUUCAUCAUCAACAACAACUACAACAACAAAACAUUCUACAAACUUCACCACAAACCAAUAACAACAACAACAACAACGCAACCUAUCCUCCACCACAAUAUAAUACUCAAAUGCAAAUGCCAACUUCAUCACCUGUUAAAUUGGAGAAUAACCAACAAGUCCAACACAGUUUGCCAGCUCCCAUGCCACAACAACAACAACAACAACAACAGUCGAUACCACAGGGAACUCCUUCACCACCAGUCAUGGUAAAGAUGGAAAACGGACAACACUUGGCAAACGGCAAUCAAUCACACUCUCCAGUCAAUACUCCACCUCCACCACCACAACAACAUCAACUCUCUCAAGAAUCGACUCCACCACUCCAACCACAACCAAUUGGAUCUAUAAUGGUCCAUUCAACACGAUUAAAGACUUUGAAAUCAAACAACUAA